AUGUUGCAAAUGUUUAUACUUAAUGAUCCUCUGGAUGUGUGGUUCCUCUCUCUGCCUGUCGCAAUUCCAUCAGAUAAACCCUUGAACAGUAGCCUCAGCUUGAAUAAGACCUCUACUGAGGCAAGGGUCAAAAGAUUGCAAAUAAUUUCUGGUGCCCCCAUUGUUUCACCAAAUCCUCCUAUUGAUUUGAAUCUCUCAGUGCCAAUUAUGCCAGUUGCAGCCUUAGUUCCUCCUAGGGGAAAAUCUAGAAGGAGAAGAAAAGAUUCGAAAGUUGAUAACAUGUCAAAGGUCGUCCCUCCUCCUCCCCCUCCACGUAGAACUGUGCCUUCUCGUAUGCAGAAAUUCAUUUGGUCCUUGACACCAAAAGAGGCACUUGUGUAUGCAAAGAAAGAGGUUGAGCAUGCCCCAGCAGUUAUGGAGGAUGAUCCUGAUCUAUAUGCCCCUAUAUUUCGAAACGUUUCUGUUUUCAAAAGGAGCUAUGAACUGAUGGAACUGAUACUUAAAGUUUACAUAUAUCGUGAUGGAGCAAGGCCCAUUUUUCACCAACCUCAUCUCAGAGGAAUUUAUGCUUCUGAAGGAUGGUUCAUGAAGUUGAUGGAGGAAAACAGGCAGUUUGUCACAAGGGAUCCAGAAAAGGCCCACUUAUUUUAUCUUCCUUACAGUAUGCGCCAAUUGGGGAUGGCACUUUAUGUACCGAAUUCACAUAAUAUGAAACCACUCUCAAUUUUCCUGAGAGACUACACAAACACGAUUGCUGCGAAGUAUCCUUUCUGGAAUCGGACACAUGGGUCAGAUCAUUUCCUUGUUGCUUGCCAUGACUGGGGCCCUUACACGUUAACCGCCCAUGAGGAACUAACCAAAAAUACUAUAAAAGCUCUAUGCAAUGCUGACACCUCGGAAGGAAUAUUUGUUGCCAAGAAGGAUGUUUCACUUCCAGAAACUACUAUUAGGACCCCCAGGAAGCCUCUUAGAAAUGUUGGUGGAUUUAGAGUAUCACAGCGCCCGCUCCUUGCCUUUUUUGCAGGAAACAUGCAUGGAAGAGUCCGCCCGACACUUCUCAAGCACUGGCGGGACAAACAUGAAGACAUGAAAAUCUACGGGCCUCUGCCCCUUAGAGUCUCGCGAAAGAUGUCUUAUAUCCAACAUAUGAAAUCAAGUAAAUUUUGUAUUUGCCCAAUGGGGUAUGAAGUGAACAGCCCAAGGAUCAUCGAGUCCAUCUACUAUGAAUGUGUCCCAGUGAUUAUUGCCGAUAAUUUCCCCCUUCCUUUGAGUGAUGUGCUAGAUUGGAGCAAAUUUUCUGUUGCCGUGGCAGAGAAGGAUAUUCCCAAGUUAAGAGAGAUUUUAGUGGCUAUUCCCAUGAGAAGAUACCUUACUAUGCAAAUUAAUGUGAAAAUGGUGCAGAAGCAUUUCCUUUGGAAUCCCAGACCAAUCAGAUAUGAUUUAUUCCAUAUGAUUCUGCAUUCAAUCUGGUCUAGCAGGCUGAGUUUGAACAAGGAGCUGAUUAGAGUCGAGACUAGUGGCUAA